AUUAAACUAUAAUAUUCAUUAAUCAUUUGUGAUUAGUGAUUACUUAUUAGUGAUUAUUGAUUAGUCUAUUCAGUGUUCUAAUUUUUCGGCGUUUGUGUAUUAGGCUAUUUCUCGUCGGAUUAUAGGCAUAGAAUAUUAAAAUAUAUAUUAAAUCGUAUAUAAUAAUAAAUUAUACUCAUCAACUGACAACUACUGUUAACUAUGUCAGUCAAUAAUGAUGUUCAAAUUGAAAAAUGGUCAUGUAUCAAUUCUUUUUUUCAACAACUCUUCGAUAUUAAAGCUAAAAGUGAGACUGGUCUUUCAUUUAAAUGUUUGUUAUGUUUACCUAAACAGAAAAUUGUAUCUGCAUCUCAAUCAUCCAAUGCAAACCUCAGAACUCAUAUUAAGCUUGUGCAUUCUCAUCGUUUGAAUGAUUUCAAUAUAGCAUUUAAGAAAAGAAAUUGUGAUGAUAUUAGUACUUCAAAACACUCCAAGCAAUUGAAACUCAGGGAAGUUGGACAUAAUUCUGUUAAAAAAUUAACACAAACUGAGUUCAAUAAUGCAAAUUUAAAACUUAUUAUCAACACAGUAUCACCAUUUUCCCUUAUAGAACACCCAGCUUUCAUAGAUUAUUGUAAAUUAACAUCAUCAAAAAUACCAGUAUCUAGAAGAACAUUAAUGCGAGACGUAGAAAUUCUAUUCAAUAGUUUAAUUGAAGAAUUAAAAAUGGAGUUAAAUACAGUGCAAUAUGUUUGCUUAACAGCAGAUUGUUGGACAGUUUUUCACAAGUAAGUUAAAUACAUUUUUAGACUUUAACUCCUUAAUAAUUAAUAUUAUAUUUUAAUGCUACUCACUUAGUUAAUUAGCUUUAUAAUAGUAUCUAUAAUCUAUAAUGUGACAUAUUAUAAAUGUGUGUGCCUAUAAAUUAUUAAAAAUUAUUAAUAAAAUAAAAUAAUUAUUUA